AGUAGGACAUCCCUACUACACACGAAAUGCUAGGAAUAUGAUUCUAGUAAUAACACGAAUUUUACGUAAAGUGGUUAGGACAUUUAUUUAUUUGAUUACUAUACAUACCUAAGUAAGUACACUAUACUGUGCGUACACUGAGUGUUACAAACUUUUGUACUUAUGUUAAAGUUGCUUUUCUGCUUCUAAAAUGUUUAUUUCAAGGGACAUCAAUGAAACAAAACUAUUUUAGAAAUAUUGAAUAUGUAUAUUUAAGUGAAUUGUCAAUUAUCUUGUGGUGUUAUAUUUUUUUAAAGACCAACAGUUAUGAAUACAACAAUAAAUUCUAUAGAAAGUGGAGGUGAUAAACGUAUAUCAGAAACAACCGUGCAAAGUGUUGCACAAAAUCUAACUACAAUGCAAAGCACACAAAAUGUACAAAGCGUUGUACAAAGUAAUAUACAAAAUAUUCAGUCAACGCAAACUAUAGUGAGUUCAAUCGGAACGCCUAGUAAUCAUAUAGGUAAAUCAAUAUCAAUGGAUACAAAUCCAAAGUUACCUCUAAUGAAACCUGUAGUUCCAUCUGGUACCACAUCCACAUUGGAAAAUAAUAAAAUAACUACAACGCUUUGUUCUGUAGGUUCUACAGUAAGAAUAAUAUCUCCAAGUAUGUUAAAUACAGUGGAACGUCAAAACCAACCACAAACACAACAGUUGUUACAUCAAACGCAACAGGUGACAAAUAUGCCAGCAACUUAUCAUGUACCAAGAGGGCCGGCUGCAGUUGCAAAUAUAUCUGCUCCAAGAUCAACAGUGGCUACUCCUAUUGUUAGAGCAAAUACAGGGCAGACGGUUCCAACGACAAGGUCAGGAAUAAGUACAACUAUUUCAAACCCUCAAUGGCAACCUAAAACAACAUCCGUUGUAUAUGCUCAACCUCAGAGGCAUCCUACACCACCAGUGGGUCGAGUUUCAAGACCACCAUCCACUGUGUACUCCAGUCAGCAACCCCGUUUAAUUACACCAACAGGCCAAGGAAGGUCUGUACAAGCCACAAUGGUAACUGGAGUUCCGGGUACUCCCUCCAGAUUAAUAGCACCUGUUCUUCAAACAAAUAAUAGUAUUACAAGACUGCCAGUUUCACAAAGUAGACUGCCUACGCCUCAAGUGACAAAUGUAUCGCAGACUGCACAAUCUAGCAGGUCUUCUGCUCAAACUAUUCAACCCAGCCAACCAAACAGAUCUUUAAGUACUCCGGGGACAGUUAAUCGCAUAGCUGUAUCAACGCCUGUAGUUGGAACUGCAAGUAGAAUAAGUGGUACAGCAUCCGUGACUGUUCAACCAACAGUAGGACGGCAAUUAUCGAUUAACACAGUAGCCGGUCCGUCGGCUGGUACUGUAAGUCGAAUUGUCAUUCCAUCUCAACAAGUACAACAACAACAACAACAACAACAACAACAACAACAACAACAACAACAACAGCAGCAGCAGCAGCAGCAGCAGCAGCAGCCGCCGCAGCAGCAGCAACAGCAGCAGCAACAAUUACAAUCCCAACAAGCACAGUCACAACAACAAACAGCUCCACGUGUAGUUCAAACAGUAACAUCUUUGACAAAUCUUAAUACAGUAUCAAGGGUGAUCACUACAGCAGCAAGUACAUCAAAUGUAACCAGAAUAUCACAACCAACACCAACAACAGUUACUAGAAUUACUGGGAUGUCUUUACAUCCUUUACCUCUAGCACCUGCAAGAGUUACUUCUGCACCUGUUAAAACAGUGCAAGCUCAAAACAUCGGACCGACAGUUCAAAUUAAACCUUCCCAACAGUCCGCAUUACGGGUUUCUUCAGCUAGUAGUACAAACAGUAAUUCGAAUACGAUGCCCGCUCAAGCUGUUCAAGGACAGUAUUUACACCCACCACAUACCACGACGUACUACUCCUUUGAACCUACAGGAACAUAUUCUCAAUACCGACAAACACCAGUAAGAUUAUUUGUUGAACCAGGAUAUGAUGAACCACAUACCAAGCCAAAUGCAUCUCCAAGACCAAGUAUACUUAGAAAAAGGGAUCAUGAUAAUUCACCAGUCAAAGGUGUCGCAAAAAAUUUGGUUCCUGUACUUGCCUCUCUACCACCUGUCACAACAUCUAGCCCUCCUUGUUCGCCAAGAGGAGAUCAAGAUGGUGGAGGUUGUCAAAGUUCAGGAUCCACCACAGUUUCAGCGACAUCAUCGCCAGGACUGGAUGAAGAACCAGAACAAUCUAGAAUUACUUUGAAUCCGACUAUAGAAAUGUCUCCGAGAAAGAAACCUCGAAAACAACAACUUACCAGUGUAGAAUUAACAGAAUCAAGAUGCACGGAAGAAGAAAUGCAAUUUAUUACGGAGGAAAGGAUGAAGAAAGAGCUUAAAGAAGAACCGAAGGAAAAAUCUUCUGAUAAAAGACAAAUUUCGAAUGUUCAACGCGACAUCAUUAAAUCUCCUACGCAACAAGCAACUGUUACAAUAAGAGCGCGACCUACACCCAGUUUAUUAGGACCAUCCUGGAAGAAUAGGUGGGGUAGUAGACUACAUCAUUAUAGGCGACCAAGCGAAGUCCGACCUCGUGAAGAAAGACGACCAACUGUUGCAGAAAUAGCGCAACAAAAACACGUAUUACAAAAGCUAAAUGGUUGGAAAGUGUAUCAUCUUACAGCGCAAAUGGAAGAUAUUGCUGAUCUUGAAAAACAAGUACACGAAAAAUUGAAAACAACAUUAACGAUGCUCGAAUCACAACAGAACAUCAGGAAUAGGCAAGAUGAUGGACUCGAACGUGUAAAUGAACUGAUUAAAGGAAAUAUGCAGCGUAGUAGCUUAAUUAGCGAAGGAAUGAAUGAAGCGCGUAUGCAGCUUAAUGCUAUAUUUCAACAUAAAGGACCUAUUACCGAUAUUUUACAACGGUGCGGCAAUAAACGGGCUCAAAAGAAGCGAGACAAAUGAGCUAAUAUGUGCUUUGAAAUCAAAUUAAAAAUGUGUUUCUAAAGAAACCUUACAGAAAUAAGGUUCGGAACGGAAUUAUUUUUAUCUGUGUCACAGAAUCUAUAUUAUAGAUAUAAAAUAAAUGGUUUUAUAAGUCUAUGACACGACUAUGGCUAAACACGUUUAUACUUUUAUUAUAAAAAUCGCCGACUUUUUAUUUUAAUAUAACACUUGUAUUUGUUAAAGUGUCCUUUUAUAUUUUGUCGUGUUAUAAAAGUAUGUGUGUGUGUGUGUAAACGGGGUGGAUGUUGUGCGCGCGCGCGCAUGUGUGUGUGUGUAGUAUACACGUUAAAUCAUGUAUAUACUUUUAAGUGUUCUACCGCAUAUGACUGUUAAAAGACACUUCGAGAAGAAAAUUAUAGAAAUACGUGAAAGUUUUAAUAACGUAAGAAUAAAAUAAACUCAUGUUAAUAUUCGAAAUAUGAAAUGCAAGAUGCACGGUUUACACUGCUUUGUACAUAAGUACUAAUGUAACAAACACGGUACCUGAAGAGCAUGUAUGUUACCAUGGUGACAACAUA